CUCUGAUCUCCACCCAUCACUACUAAGUGCUUCGUCAUUGUAGCUGCGACACCGCCUCUCUGUGGAGACCUGGCCCGGUGAGCUUGUAACUUGUUCUGUACGGAAACACCGGAAUUAUGGCAACAAACUAAAGGUGGAGGAAACUCAACAGAAGAGACAUCCGUCCGCUCAGGUAUGACUCGCCUACUCAGACGCUGUUGUUGUGUUUACAUUUGCACACCUUUUUCUGCGAGUUUUUUUUACAUUUCCCGUCUGCACGCGGCGGGCGGCAGUUCGUUUAGAUUUCAUUGCUCCGUAUUUAGAGGGAUUAUGUCCAGCACGACGAGGUCAGAAAUGUCUGUGCUGUUAGCCUACCCGUAAAUAAGAAACAGGACUCCUAGCCUACUUGUAGUCUGUCGAGUGUAUUCCGGCAAGUUUCAGACAUGUCUGCCAAAGGUUUGUUGCGAGGUUGCCCUCACGAGCCCAGAGACUUAGGGACAGAUACUUUAUAAAGCAUACCUAGCUUGAUUAUCAUAAACAAGACAACACAAGCUAAACAGGUAGGUUAUCCUCGAGGAAGUAGGUGCAUCGUAUUGGUAUAUUUAUUAUGCUGAUAACAGAUGUAGAAAUCUAGAGGAAAACCAGUGUUAACAGAAGUAUUUUAUACUUGAACAACUGAUUUGGGUCAACUGUAACCUGGCUGCAUACACUGGUUCUGGAUGCUAGCAUUAGGCUAUAUGCUAUACUUUCAAAUAUCUAUUCAUGUUGUGAUUCAGGCCCAUCAGCUGUGUGAUACUUUCUGAGUUGUUAUGUGCAGUAUUCACCACGUACGUUCAGCAGUGGACUGUACAUCUCCUUGACUAUAUGUGCUGCCAUCUCUCUGAUUAAUUUGUGUAAACUUUCUAUUAUAUGUCACAUACUUAAAAUAAGUAUACUACUGAAUUGACGCACUCUUUUUCCCUCUCUUUCUGACCUGGUCUGGGAUUGUCCUGCCAUCUACAAUGACCUUCUAUAUUGACGUGAGUACCAAGCACUGACUUAAGUUGUAUGAAAAAAGUAUUGAAGCGUAACAAAGACAUCUGAGCUGGUGUCUCGCUCAUCAAUGUUGCUCAUUUGGAGGGUAUUGCACUGACAGAGUAACAAUUAUUUUACCUUAAUAUAUAUGUAUAUGAACAAAUCCCCCCUUAAUGUACCACAAUAUGAUUUAAAGGUAAUGCAGAGUAUAAUUAUAAUCAAGAAAUCCUGCUCUCAGCUGCGGAGAAGCAUUUCAUUUAUAUUUAUGCAACGAUUCAAUUAAGUCAUCAGUCCUUAUAGAGACUAUUACAUAUGAAUUAUUCAUGAUUUCUAUUUGACAUGCACAGCCCCUCUGGGAUCUGAGUGAAGACUCUGUAUCUUCUACGUGUUAAAAUGCGUCUCUACCUCCAUUCUUUCUUUAUUUGUGUGGAAAAAGGUUGCACAUUAUUUUCUGAAAGAGAAAUGUGCGACAUCUUGUUCAGCGUCAAACAGAUCUGAAGAAUAGAUUGUGAAGAGCUUUAGUUACUGAAAUAACCGCACACUGCUGUUGGUAACCUGCUGGUGCCCACACCAAACUAGUUUUGGGAGGGGUAGUGUGACCAUGUCACCCCGAGUCUACUGGACACAAACACGUCUUUAUCUCUCAUGAACACAUGCUCCCAGCAUGCCUUACCCCUCUGUGCUGACGUAGAGGAGUAUUGGCGGGGAUUCCCUCUCCCUCGCAACAAAUAGUUAACGUUGAAAUAGUUAUUUGAUAUUUCACCAUGUGAGUGUUUUUAUUAUGUAACUUAAAGUACACAUAUUUAUAGCAAUAUUGCACUGUAUAUAGUGUAGAGGAGAUAUAGUAUUUAUUACUGCAGUGCAAUGUUUAAUAUGUGGAGAUAUUCUUUGUGAAAUUCACAUUUGGCCAGUUUUUACUGCAAACCUGUCAGACUGAGUCAAAUCAGCCACAUGCUUAUGGAGAGUUCAUUCAUUUGCAUCUCCACUGGGUGGCAGUGUAAACUAAGAAAGCGCAGCCAUGUACAGUAGCAUCAGAUGAUCACAAACACAAUUCAGCAUGUACUUAGGUGGCCUAGAAUGUCCGCCACAAUCUGUUCAACGUACCGUGAGCUCCAGGGCUUGGUGCUGCUUCUUUUAAAGAUAUCUCAGAUGACAUCCAAGUGCAUGCAUAAUAUAAGCAUUUCAUUUCCAAUCUGGCUCAUCGCUUAGCAUUGUCUCUGGAUGCAAAUGUUUAUGGCAGUUUUACUAGCUGCUAAAGUGCUGACAUAUUCUCUGUAUUAAGUUCUAGCACAUGAUGCUAUGAAUCUAAAACAUAAUGUCCCGACUCUUCCCCUUUGAGGAACCAUCCCGCUGUGUAAUUUAAAUUUUCUAAGAUGUGCACGAAGGUGAGAAUUCAAACUUGGCCCAAGACAAGAAGGAUGUCUGCUGGCAGAAACAUGGAACAUUCCUGGUUCAUGAAUUCUUCAUAACAUAAUGGUGCACUAUGAAUAUUGAUGCGCUGUUACCAUCAAUCCCGUUAGUGCUCUCGAGAGCUCGGCUCCCGGGGAACAAAUAAAACCCCCCUGCAACCAUGCCUCCAUCACAUGCACUCACAAUUCAUAUUUGAAGCAUAUUCAAAGCUACGCGAGUUGUUUUACACACGAUACGGGAGGUAAGGCGGCGUGUUGCUUGAGUGUGUGUGUGUGAUGCGUACUCGGAUGCAGCAUUGGAAGUCAAAGAGAGAUGUUUUGGUAGAAGGGGUAUGGGACAUUAUAUAAUCACUGAGUGAUGGAGCCAAAGAGGGAUAAAGAUUGUUCCAAACAAACAUAACCCCCACGCACUCAGCUGGAGUAAUGCACUGCACCGUGGCUCCAUGUGCGUGUGUUUUGCCCGUGCUUUUGAACAAAUGAGAAAGAGCGACCGGGGGAAACAGAAAGUGUGCGUCUGUGUUUUUGGGUGUGUCUACUGUGCGAGUGGGUCUUCUCUGAGUCUGUGGUUGCAGUCUGUCACUGUCUCAAGGGACUGUGGGUCUGUAAGUGCUGCUCCUCGUCUCCUCCCCUCUCAGUCCUGUCUCUCCUCCCUCUCCUGGGUCCAGCUCAACACCUGCUCCCUGCAGUAUAGGCACAGGGCAGGGCAGGGGGGUUCCUAAGCAACUGAAGGCUACGCGAGUAGUUCAUGCACUCCUUGGUCCUCUCCCUCGCUCUUCCUCUAUUAUCUGACUUGAUCGUGCCAGUUGUUGUGCUGUUUAUGUGUUAUCACUGUGUUCAGUGAUCAAAGUAUGAAGAACACGAUAACCGACUGUUACUGUGCAAGAGAGAAAUCUUCUGUUUCUGUGGUUUAGUGUCUCCCUUGCGUCUUAAUACCUUUUUUACCGUAAUACCUAUUUUUGGACUUUAUGACACGAUGUACUGAAUCAUCUGUGUGCUAGUAAGACUUUUUCCUUCAAAUAAAUUGCCCAGAAAACACAUGUGACGCUGCUGUGCAUGCCACACGAACUUGCCUCUGUGAGACAAAGGUGAUGGUGACUUACCCCGUUUAGCUGUGAGAAUAAUGAACCCCUUUACUCCCCCCCCCUUCUGCAUAAGAGCCGUAUGGGCCUAAUGGGGUCAGGCAGAUGGGUGGGGACCAUGCCCGGGUCCAUAAAGACUGCUGGUGUGUAUGUGUGUGCACGUGAGCGGGUGUGUGUGUGUGUGUGUGUGUGUGUGUGUGUGUGUUGCUGGUUUGUUUUUGGAUUUGUAGAUAAGAUGGUUGAGGGGGGGGAUCGAUUGGACAUAUUUUCAGUUCCUAAUAAAUUUGUAACUGCUUAUUGUAAUAUCUCACCAACUGGCUCAGGGUUGUAGUCCUGACACCCUCGUGCCGUUCAGACGAACACACCACGUUGGUGCCUGAAAAGAGGGCAGGACUCUGAGGAAUAUGCUUCUGGACAUUGCACUGUGUUAAUGAUUGCACUCUUUGGUCCGCCCUACUCCAUGUCUGUUUGGGACGAGGCAUAAUGUGUUGUACCGACAUAGCGAUGAGUUCUGAAUGUACUUGACAAUGUAAAACCCUUUUUUUUUUUUUUUUAAUUCUAAAAGUACUGACACAAAUAUAAAUCUGUCCAUUAUCUGUAGAUUUGAAUGCUUGUGGAUGACUGUAGUUUUUUAUUUAAAGGUUAGAUUGCUGCAGCAUAUUAACAUAUAUAAACAAAGCCUUGUGUUUAGUUCAGAUCUCCUCAGCAUCAUAAUGAAAGUUGCUGCCCAUCUCCUCCACCCCGACAUGCGGUUGUGAGGCGUGCUGGUCGGCGCUCAGUUGGUCAACUAGAGUCCUCGGAGGGAGACUCCACCCCUUUACGAGCAUCGGACACCUUCAGCACAACAAAGCAUGUGUCGCUCCGCUACAUUGUUUCUGCUCUGAACGCGCCGGAAUACAGGAUUUUGUCUGAUUUUGAGCUGUUUGCUUCCACAUUGAUGCUAAUCCCGCAGUAGUGGCUACCAUGACAACAGAGGCAAGUGCAGUGAGCGAGGCCGACACCGAGGGUAAGCCGAAGGCCGGCGGCGCCGAGCCCGAACCGGAACCAGAGAACAAGGAGAAGCCAGAGGCGGCAGAGUCCGAACCGCAGGGGGAGCAGUCGAGCAAGAAGGCCCAGGAGCAGACGUCUGAGCCUGGGCCCGCUGACGUCGCCACCUCCCCUGAGGAGGAGCAGCUGAAGUCUCGUACCCGGACCUCUGCUGGCAAAGGCCUGUCUCGCCUCUUCUCCUCCUUCCUCAAACGCCGCUCGCAGUGCUCCGAGGGAGAAGGGUUUGAGGCAGAGAAAGCCACGGAGGAAAAGUCUGACAAAGAGGAAAAAGCUGACACGUCAGAAGAGGAGAAGAAGGAGGAUGUGAAAAGUGAAGAGAAGGAGGCCAGGCUCCGGAGGAACAAAAGGAAGAAGCUGCGAUAA